GGAGGGGGUUUGCAAGUACUGAACACAGUGCUGAUCAAACCGAGAGCAUCUACCCCUCCAUCGAAUUGCCGUCACCGAGGACGACAGUGAGGUAGAGUACUAGAGUUACAAGUAGAUAUUAAGCUCUGCCAAUGAUAGAACUCGUGCUGGAGAUAAAGUCUCAUUUUCAUCGUUGUUCUUAUUUGUUUCAUUUAGUCACUUGUUUUCAAUAUCUUCAUUAUGGAGCGGCCUGCAUUGCUAAGUCAUACUGAAAUGCUUUCUGGCAUUGCAUUGGGGCUUCUAACUCACGUUCUAUUCAAGAGGUUUGAACCGGCACUUGCUGAAUUCUCCCUGAUUCCCAUAAUAUUAGGGUUCAUCGGUUCAGUAAUUUGGUCUUUGAGUAUACCUCAAACCCUGAGCCUAGUCAUCUCUUUCCUCUCAGCGCUCUCGAGUUCCGUCCUAUUCUACCGACUCAUUGCCCCUUGGCAUCCAUUACACCAUGUCCCCGGGCCGUUCCUAGCGAAAUGUUCCCAAGUUUGGUUGUUCAGUCGCCUAUACAAGGGCCGACCUCGCGUUGACCAACGAGUGCUGCACGAGAAGUAUGGACCCAUCGUCCGAAUUGGUCCCAACGAAGUCUCCCUGGCAGAUGCUGCGUCGUUGUCAGUUAUAUAUGGCGGAAAGCCUUGGGUGAAAGGCAAGAGCUACUCGUUCACCGCGAGCGGUGGGGCAGCAACUUCAGAGACUGCGUUAUCGUCCAUCAGAGACCAUGAGGAACAUAAGUUUAGAAGAAGGAUUUGGGACCGAGCUUUCUCAAUAUCUUCUCUCAAAGAGUACCAGCCGGCGAUAAGGCGUCGCACCGAACAAUUAUGCAAUCAACUCGACCGUCUUUCGACGACGGGUUCACUCGACCUCCAAGAAUGGAUUAGCUACUUUGUUUUUGACGUAAUGACGGAUCUGGCCUGGGGGGCACAUGGCGGCCAAGGUGGCGGCAAUGCACUUAUCGAAGGCAUCGACCCAGACGGUGCGAUUGCGUCGUUACGAUACUCACUUCAUCUUGCAGGAAUGACGAAAGUCCUGCCCUGGUUUGCGAGAUACCUUUUACAGUUUCCAUGGGUUACCAAGAAGAUGAAGCAAUUCCAUAUCUUCUCGAGGCAAAUGUUUCUCAAUCGGCAAAAGAGGGGGAGCAAUCCCCUUAACAAGUCCCAGCGCGAUGUUUUCUACCACUUGCUGGGCGAAGGCAGCAGUAAAGGGGCCCAUCUCAGCGUGAAUGCUCUCCAAGCCGACUCCCGACAGGUCGUCACAGGUGGCGCAGAUACAACAGUCUCUGCGAUAACCUACUUAUUUUAUUGCUUGGUUUGUAAUCCAGAACGCUUCAGGCGGCUGCAGACGGUUGUGGAUGAGAUAUUCAAGCGACAACCCCACGGCCAGGAUAUUGACAUCGAAACCUUGAACAAAGAGCCACUUCUCGAUGCAUACAUCAACGAGGCGAUGAGGCUUGAACCGCCCAUCCCUUUCCAGAACCAAAGAAUUGUUCCUGAAGGUGGUACAAUGAUACGCAAUGUUUACCUUCCCCCCGGAACCCAUAUCCGAUCCGCACUCUAUGCCAUCUCCCGUGCCAAGGAGAACUUCUCAUGCCCCGACGAGUUCCGUCCCGAACGCUGGCUACCCGGUGAGCGCCAUCCGGGUGAAAUUUUCAAUGCGAAAGCCUCUAUCCCGUUCAUCACGGGUCCUUACCAUUGUGUUGGCCGAAACUUUGCGAUGCAAGAAAUGAGAUACGUGGUGGCCUUCCUUGUAAGGCGGUAUGACAUGAGAUUGAUUGAUGGAUUUGACCGGAAACGAUUCGAAGAGGGCAUCGAAGACCGGAGCCUGCUUGAGAUUGAGCGACCGUUGGAAGUGAUGAUACGACAAAGAUGAUGAUAUUCAUCUCUAAAAAAGCGAAUCCGGCUUGAGUGAUGCGACGCCACUAUUCUCCUUGCCGCCCCCUGAAGAUGGAGGAGGUCGAGUUCGAUCUGAAAUGAUUCGACGGAAUUAUUUUGUAACAUUUUAAAAUCGCAAAUUAUAUCCAUAUCUCUGAGUCAU